AUGGAAAGCCAGAAGCAUCUGAAGUUCUUGAUCUAUGGGAAAACUGGGAUGAUUGGGGGCAUGUUGGGGAAGUUUUGUGAGGAAAAAGGGAUCCCGUUCGAGUACGGGAAAGCCCGUUUGGAGGAUCGGUCUCAAUUGCUGUCGGAUAUCAUCGGAGUCAACCCGACCCACGUUUUCAACGCCGCCGGGGCGACCGGCACGCCUAAUGCGGACUGGUGCGAGUUUAAUAAAUUGGAGACAAUUCGGUCCAACGUUGUUGGGGUUUUGAAUUUGGCCGAUGUUUGUGAGGAGAAGGGUGUCCUCCUGCUGCACUUUGGCAGUGGUUGUAUUUAUGAUUAUGAUUCGGAGCAUCCGAUGGGUUCGGGUGUCGGGUUCAGGGAGGAAGAUAAAUCCAACUAUGCUGGCUCCUUCUACUCUAAAACCAAGGGCAUGGUGGAAGAUUUGUUGGGGGCAUACAAAAACAUAUGCAUUCUCAGGGUGAAAAUGCCACUAAUUUCUGACCUUAACCAUCCUCGUAACUUGAUAAAGAAACUCCUAGGAUACGAGAAAGUGGUGAACAUUCGAAACAGCAUGGCAGUGUUGGACAAGCUGCUACCAAUGGCAAUCGAGAUGGCCAAAAGGAACAAAGGGAUAUGGAAUUUUACCAACCUAGGUGUCAUAUCCCGCAAUGAACUUUUAGAAUUAUACAAAAAGUAUGUUGACCCUUCUUUAACUUGGACCAACUUUACCUUGAAAGAUCAGAGGAAAGUUCUUGCUGCCGCUCGUUGUAACAACGAGCUUGAUUCUUCGAAGCUGAAGCGUGAGUUUCCUGAAUUGUUGGGAGUUAAGGAGUCAUUGAUAAAGUACGUUUUUGAGCCCAACACUAAAAAAAUUUGGUCCUUAAACACAGGGCAAUCUUUGUAG